ACACGUUUCUCGCGUAUAAAAGAUAAAAACGUCGAUUUUAUUUCGUACAAUCAAUCUGUCAAGAAUCCUUUUAUUAGAUAACACUACUAUACACACAUUCUAAGAGUUCAAGUUAGCAAAGGAAACAGCAGCACUCAGAUAUUGUAGUUACAGAAGGAAGAGCAAAACGGCUUGGGCGAAAUUUGACAUGUGAUGAACACAGCUUCAGUUUCUUCAGCUUCAAGACUCUACAAUUACUCAAAGGGACUUUUCCGAGACAUCUUAGCGAAGUCGGCAAACUGUAGAGGGACAGUCAUGGCGGAAGGAUAUGGAGGUUACGGAGGUCAGAGGGGAGGUCACGGUCGGCGAGGUCGUGGUGGUGGUCAUCGUGGCUGGAGAGGUCAUCACCAGGGGUCAUCCAGGUCACACUGGUCAGGUGGGGAAGAGAGGAGCUUCUCAUCAGGUGGAUCUGGAGGCUGGGGUGGUGGGAGAGGGGGUAGGGGAGGGAGGGGGAGGGGACAUCCCUCCGGCCUGAGAGGGAAGGACAUCGGACUGUUCUACGCCAGAAAAAGCAAAGACAGGGAGAAGAGAGAGCGUUCGGUGGUUCAGAUGGACCAUAGUCAGGAACAGCACCUGUCCCAGCUGUUAACACACCUGCGGCGAGAUGAUACACCUGGGGACAGGUGGAGGGACGACUCUGCGGCAAGCCAACAACCAGUCAGAACUGGUCAGGACUGGUUUGAACAGGACGGUGCAGAUAACUCAGGAUCAGGGUCAUCUUCACAAAGAUUUGACAGCAGCGGUCGGAACUCCUCAAGUGCGCCACCAACAGGUAGAAACCCUCAAGACUCUGAGAAGGAGUCUUGGGCCUCUGAGACGUCUUGGGGUGAUCCUAAGGAGUCUUGUGCUAGUCCUGAUGCUGUCCUGCCUGUACAGAACAGGGAUGAGGCACUGGAUGAACGUCUGAAGGUGGAACUGGACCAGACAAGGAGCAACAACAACCAGUACAGGAGGAUGCAGGAAUUCAGAGAAAAGCUGCCAUCUUACAACAUGAGACAGGAACUUCUCCAGCUGAUUCACAAGAACCAGGUGGUUGUCAUCAGUGGGGAGACAGGAUGUGGCAAGACGACACAGGUUGCUCAGUUCAUCCUGGAUGACAUGAUAGAGAGAGGUCAGGGGUCACUGUGUCAUGUGAUCUGUACCCAGCCCAGGAGAAUAAGUGCUGUUGGGGUUGCAGAAAGAGUAGCAUCUGAGAGAGGAGAGAGGUGUGGGGAGGGGGGCAGUACUGGAUACUCGAUACGACUGGAGAAUAAACUACCCCGACCCAAAGGCUCUAUUCUCUACUGCACCACUGGUAUCAUCCUCAAAAGGCUGCUGUCUGAUCCGUACCUUGGAGGAGUGUCUCACCUGAUCUUAGAUGAGGUUCAUGAGAGAGACCUGCUGUCAGACUUCCUUACUAUUAUUGUCAGGGACCUGUUACAGAAAAGACCUGAUCUGAAGCUGGUUUUGAUGAGUGCAACCCUGAAUGCUGACCAGUUCUCCACAUACUUUGGAAACAGUCCGAUGUCUAACAUCCCCGGGUUCACCUUCCCUGUAGAGGACUUGUACUUAGAAGAUGUCUUGGAACUCACCAGAUAUGAUCCCCCUGAAGCCCAGUCCAAACCCCAGAGGAGAGUCUAUGGCAGGAAGAGACGAGAGGAGAUGGAAGAAAGGAUGGAGAGAGAGGAGGAAGAAAGACAGGAGCUGAGGGAAUAUUUACAAACCAUAUCUAGAAGAUAUUCCUCGAGGACACUUGACUCCCUGGAGAGGAUGGACCAUCAGAACCUGGACCUGAACCUGACCAUGGAGCUCAUCAAGUACAUCACUUACAACAAGCCUGAUGGAGCUAUCCUGGUGUUUCUACCAGGCUGGGACCAGAUCAGUAAGGUUAAUGACAUGCUGGCAUCACAGGGCAUGUCGAAAUCAGGAAAGUUCCGGAUCAUUCCUCUUCACUCAAUGAUGCCAACUGUCAAUCAGACUCAGGUAUUUGAAAGGCCACCGAAAGGGGUGAGGAAGGUUGUAUUAGCAACAAACAUCGCUGAAACAAGUAUAACCAUAGAUGAUGUGGUGUAUGUUGUGGACUGUGGACAAGUGAAAGAGAAGAAUUUUGACAUCACAAACAACCUGGCCACACUACAGCCUGUAUGGAUCAGUAAGGCAUCAGCUAAACAGAGGAGAGGCAGGGCUGGGAGGGUACAGCCAGGUGUGUGUUAUCACCUGUUCUCCAGACUCAAGGAGUCUAACAUGCAGGAGUACCAGCUACCUGAGAUCCUCAGGACACCCCUGGAGGAACUCUGUCUGCAGAUUAAGCUGAUGAAGUUGGGAGCUAUUCUACCAUUUAUAGAGAAGGCCAUGAGUUCUCCUUCCCUCAGGGCAGUACAGCUGGCUAUCACUAACCUCAAGGACCUGAAUGCCCUGGACAGACAAGAGAACCUGACACCCCUAGGGUAUCACCUGGCCAGACUGCCUGUAGAGCCCCACAUUGGAAAGAUGAUCUUAUUUGGAGCCAUUUUCUCCUGUCUGGAUCCGGUCCUCACUGUGGCAGCCAGUCUGGGGUUCAAGGAUCCAUUUGUCAUUCCUCUGGGUAAGGAGGAGGAGGCAGACAGAAGGAGGAGGGAGUUUGCUGCUGGGAGUAAGAGUGACCAUCUCAUGCUCAUCAACGCCUUCAAGAGCUGGGAGAGAGCGAAGUCCCAAGGUCGUGAGUCGGAGAGACGUUUCUGCUGGGACAACUUCCUGUCAGUCAACACACUCAAGAUGUUGUCCAACAUGAAGCUGCAGUUUGCUGAGCUGCUGCAGGACAUCGGCUUUGUGCAGACCAGAAAUCCCAGCAACCCUCAGUGCAAUAAAAACUCUGGUAACAUUAGGCUGGUGAAAGCUGUGAUCUGUGCAGGGCUGUAUCCAAAUGUGGCAAAAGUCAGGGGACCAAAACAGCACUUCAGAAAAAGACCGCCCAAACUGGUGACCAAACAUGAGAAGGUUCAGCUUCACCCGAAGUCUGUCAACGCUGAUGAGAAGUACUUUGAGGACGGCUGGCUGAUCUACCACAUGAAGAUGAAAACUACUCAGGUAUUCCUGUAUGACUGUACUAUGAUCUCUCCAUACCCUCUACUCUUCUUUGGAGGUGACAUCACAAUACAGAAGGAUGGUAACCAGGAAACGGUUGCCGUUGACAACUGGAUCAUCUUCCGAGCUGCAACCAGGACGGCCAAACUGGUCAAGGGUCUAAGACAUGAACUGGACACAGUUCUGCAGCAGAAGAUCACCAGACCAGGAGGGAUAAACUGGGAUGAGGACAGUAAGGAGGGACAGCUGAUGAGGGGGAUUAUCCAGCUCAUCACUACGGAGGACUCCAGUCAGGAUUACGAGGAGGAGGACUAUAACAGUGAUGAUUAAAACCUAGUGCUACAUUGUAGUGUUAGUUUUAAUUAGUGAACACACAAUACACAUAUUUUAGUGAAUACACAUUUUCAACUGGGGAGGACAGUUGAACACCAUGCAUCAUCACUACCGAGGACUCCAGUCAGUAUUACGAGGAGGAGGACUAUAACAGUGACGAUUAAAACCUAGUGCUGCAUGUUCGUGUUAUUUUAGUGAAUACAUGUACACAAUAGGUCAUUAAUUUUUUACAUGUAACUGGAGCGAGGACCGCUAUCCACCAUGCAUAAUCACUACAGAGGACUCCAGUCAGGAUUAUGAGGAGAAUGACUAUAGUGUCAUGAUUAAAAACUAGUGAUACAUGUACUUAAAUGUUUUUAUUGAAUACACAAUGUCAAUACACACUUUGGACACGAUAGUUGCGUACACCAUGUACACAUGUACAUAGCUGACUCCAGUCAGAAUUACAAGGAGGAGGACUAUAAUAGCGAUGAUUAAGUCAUGUAGUGCUUCAUGUACUUAACGUUAUUUUAGUGAAUGUACAUCGUCAAAGUGAGAGAGGACAGUUAAUAAUACACCUUGUAUACAGGUUACAAAUCUAGAGGGCUCAAGUCAGGAUUAUGAGGAUUAUGAGAGAACAGCUACAUGUAUACACCAUGCAUAUGCAUUUUGUAGACUACCACUAUACUGAGGACUCCAGUCAUGAUUACAAGGAGGAUGACUAUGAUUAUAGUAUAUAGUGAUAAUUAAAACCUAGUGCUACAUGUACGUUAUGUUAUUUUUAUUUAUUGAAUGCACUUUGUCAAAUUGUGAGAGGGCAGUUAUAUAGUUAAAUCUAUUCAUAACUUCAUGUUGAGGAGGCCAACAUCAGCCUACUGAUGAAUCUGCUACGCUAUGUUGGAGAGGUCAGGUCACAGUCUAUUCAGCAUUGAAUAUAUGUUUUCCUAUUAUGUUUUCAACAGAAAAUACAUUGUAUGACACCAAUUUCAUCUAAUUCAAGUUAAAAGCACCUAAGGGUUAAAUAUCCAAUGUACAAAAUAAAUUCUGAAUAUGGAAUACAGGAAUAUCAUGAUGUGACAACUUAAUCUACUCACAGAUGAAAAUUUGCCUGCAAAUUGGACCCAACUUCUUUGAUCAAAGUAAAACUCCUUCUAAGGCCGAUUUCUAUUUUUCAGCCAUCAAAGGAGUCUGGUGGAGACGCAAGAUUUGCAGUUCUCUAAUGAUGUCACAUGACUUCCACAGCCACAGCUUAUAAAGCAUGCAGCAUCUAAAAGAAUAAUCAAAUUGAAUGCAUUUUUUAACAAAAUUUUCAUCUAACAAGUUCUCCAUCAUUUAGUUUGAUACAAAAUAGUGUAUGUUCAUGAAAUGUUUAUACAGUUUCAUGCUUACCUCAAACAUCUUAGUACGGUAGACACAUUCUUUGAUAGUAGGGACAGUUUAAAUCAUUAUACUAAUAAUUAGUAAACACAAAUUUUGACGCAUAGAAAGUUAGCGGUUAUUUUCUCAUAGUUUGAAACAGUUUCCUUUCGUGACACCAUGCAUACUACAUUGUGUAUCAGAAACAUUGUGUAGCAAGUAGCAUAUCAAUCAAUCCUGAUGAUGUUGCAGAAAGGCAUGUAACUGGAAUCCCUUUUCUUCUGGCUGCAACCCUUCCCAGAUUGUGAACAGCCAGCUUGAUGUGUUGAUGCCGCUCAGAUCAGUUUCC